UCUGUAUGUGCACAGGGAAGCCUGGAGCUAGAUUUCUUUGAAAAACUCUAAUUUUCGUUGUUCUCGAUUCUUCUGGUGAUUGUGAAACCCUAGUUUUGAUUUCCAUUCUUCUCGAUUUUUUGGUUGAUUGUAAAAAUUGGGAACCCUGAUUUCCCACUGUUCCGGAUUCUUCUGGUGAUUGCUUCUCCAAACCCUAAAUCGAAGUUCCUGGUUUUUCUUGGCCUCUGUGAUCGAUUGGCAAAAACCUAGAUCGAGUACCCUGAAAUUCUUUGGCACUGAAAGUGGUUUCUUCUGGUCUGAAUAUCUGAUUCUUCCUGUCUCGCUUCUGCAUCUAAGUACGAACUCCAUUACGUUUGAUUGGCCUGUGCUCCAUUAAUCAAAGCUCAAAUCAAUCCUCUGAAUCAAUAAUCCUCUGAAUUAUUGAUUGAAGAAUGGGGAAGAACUGCUUCAACCUGCCCAAGAUCAGGCGAUCAAAGAAGAAGAGUUCAGAUUCAAGUUUGCCUGAUUCUUCGUUAAGUGCAGGCUCUGAAUCCUCAAGUCUUCCGUCCACUUCAUCUCCUCAACAUUCUUCUUCGUCAUCGACAAAGCUCACCGAAGAACUACGCCAAGUCUUCAACAAAUUCGACAGAAAUGGUGAUAACCAGAUCUCUGCAUCCGAGCUUGAGGCUAUGGUUCGAUCUCUAGGGUUUGAGGGCUCAGAACAGGAGGUCCAAACCAUGAUUCAAUCCGCGGAUAUAGAUGGAGAUGGAUUCAUAAGCUUUGAGGAGUUCUUGACUGUGAAUCUACAGAGUGAUCCCGGUGAGAAAAUGGAGGAUUUGAGGAAUGCUUUUAUGGUAUUCGAUAAAGACCGAAAUGGGUUCAUUUCAGCUGAUGAAUUGCACGAUGUUCUCGUGGGGUUGGGAGAGAAAGCGAGCAUUGCAGAGUGUCAGGGAAUGAUCAAAGGCGUCGAUCGAAAUGGGGAUGGAGAGGUGAGCUUCGAUGAAUUUAAAGAGAUGAUGAGUGGGUCUUUGGUUUGAUCGAGCUCUCUCUCUCUCUAGGGUGAUGUGUGAUGGGCUCUUUUAAUGAAGGAGUUGCAGCCUGUGCACUUGAGAGUACCAGUGUUAACAUUCAUAAUCUUUUGGUAGGUUUGGGGAAAUGGAAUUAUGCUUCUCGACGUAUCUCUCCUUUGAUAAUGGAAUUUGAUUCAAUAAGAAAUGGAAUUGAUUUUUCUUUUGCUCUC